CAAUUGUAAAAGAAAAACAAGAAGAAGCACAACCACUCUACUUAAAACAAUCAUUCAAUUGAGGGGCUGACAGGAUAGAGUAUUAAUUAUCAAGAAACAUCUUUGGGCUACAUGUUCCGAGAUCACCCAAAGCAAAAAAACCUAAGCCACAUGGUUUUCUUCCACGAAAUGAUAACAAGGCACUUACCAAUGAAAUGAUAUGUCUUCAAAUUGAAGCUAUAAAACUUGACCAUCUCCCAUUUUCAAACUCAUCCCAACCAAAAACUUCUAAAUUCCUUGUUUUAAUUUCUCAUCCUCAAAAAAAAUUCUCCCAUAUCCCUCUUGAAACCUACAACAUGAUCAGCACAAAGAAGCUUAUAAAGAUGGCAAGAAAGUGGCAAAAGAAGGCAGCUGCCAGCAGGAAGAGGGUGUCCUGGCCAAAAUCAGUGGCUAAUGAGGGCCAUUUUGUUGUCUACACAACUGAUGGAAAACGAUUCAUCAUUCCUUUGGCAUAUCUCAAGAGCCAGAUUUUCAUAGAGCUCUUAAAGAUAGCCGAGGAAGAGUAUGGAGUACCAAGUUCGGGGCCAAUUAUGCUACCUUGUGAUUCAAACUUCAUGGAUUAUGCGAUCUCUAUGAUCCAAAGAAGUGUAACUGAGGACAUGGAGAAGGCAUUAGUCAUGUCCUUAGCUAGCUGCAGAUACUCAUCAUUAUCAUCACAUGAUGAACAUCGAGAACGAGCUAAUCCACAACUGUUUAUUUGUAGUUUCUAGGAAAAUAGAUAAUUCUGUUACACCCUCUGUACAAAAUAUAUACAUCAAUUGCCAAGAAUGUUAAUGACAUUGAUAAAAGAAAUUGUCAAUGAAAUAGUUUUGACACUGUACAAAUUUACACUUCUCCUUUACUUCUUGAUGCUCGAUAUAAAUUGCAAAUAGUUACAAAGUUUCAUAAGUUCGAAUAAAUUCAACACAAUAAAAACCAAUUUUGACAAGUUCAAAUAAAUUCAUAUACGACAGUUUCACUUGAGUUGAACACACCCUAAACGGUCAAAGUUGCAUAGCAUAUUCUAA